UCCAAUUUCAUCAAGCCAGUAAACACAGCGCGGAUCAAACUGCGCAUGCGUUUUACAGUUAGUGGGCAGUACACGGAAGUAGAUACAGCCAGGGAUCGGAGGUAACAUCUUUUAGAGCUGCUGUUCACUUGUUUGGACUUAAGCUUUAUUAUGGCAAUGGACUGGAUUGGAUUUGGCUAUGCCGCAGCCAUCGCCUUUGGGGGAUUUAUGGGCUACAAAAGAAAAGGGAGUGUGAUGUCCCUGAUGGCUGGGUUAGUUUUUGGUGGAUUAUCUGCUUAUGGUGCAUACAACAUCUCUAAUGACUCAAAGGACAUCAAGGUCUCACUGUUGGCAGCAGGAGCUUUAUCAGUCGUAAUGGGAAUGAGAUAUAAAAAAUCUGGCAAACUAAUGCCUGCUGGGAUCAUGGCAGGGCUCAGUUUGCUGAUGGUGUUUCGGCUGUUACUCCUAAUCAUGGCGUGACUUCAUGAACAAAACUGACAAGAAGCUCUCUGUCCCUCAUGAACAAGCCUUGUUUAUAAAGGAAAAAUCAUUCCAAGUUUGCUUAACAAAACUGAUCUUCUGUUAUUGCUUUGAAACUGACCCAUCAUGAGACCAAAACUCUACCAAAUGCCACCAAUCGUUGUUAAACGGGCUUAAAAAGUCACUACUUAUCUUUUUCAGUAUAAAUACUCACAUGUAUGUGACAGCUUUGAUUUUAAUCAUGUUUGCGACACAUAAGACGCAUGUGCACUUUGUGGGUGCUUUUGUUUGUCUAGGCAGGGUGUUUAUUGGAUACACAAGAGCUAAGAGGAUAAACGUGUGCUUGUCUACUUACAUGCAACAGUAUAUCUUGUACAUUUGACUUUUAAAGUAAUUUAAAAUCUGUCUUUUUGUAAUAAAACCAAUAAACUUGUGAUUGAUAAA